GGUGACGUAAGGCGGGAAAGAGGCGGUUAUAGCGCGCCGGGCGGAGGGCGGCGAUCGCGGUGCAGGCAUGGAGCGGGUGGUGCUGGUUACGGGCGCCAGCGGCGGCGUGGGGCUGGCGCUGUGCCGGCGGCUGCUGGAGGAGGACGGCCGCAUCCACCUGUGCGUGGCCUGCCGCAACGCCCCCAAGGCCGAGGCCACGCGCGAUGCCAUCCUGGAGGUGCAUCCCGCAGCCCAGGUCUCCACCGUGGAGGUGGACCUGGGCAGCCUGGCCUCCGUGCUGCGUGCCGCAAGGGAGCUCCGAUGCCGGUUCCAGCGCCUCGACUUUGUCUACCUCAACGCCGGCAUCAUGCCCAACCCGCACGUGAACUUCAAGGCCCUCUGGAAAGGACUCCUGACCGGGAAGCUGCUUCACAUGCUGACCACAGCGGAAGGUGUAAUGACCCAGACGGACAGGCUGAAUGGAGACGGGCUGCAGGAGGUGUUUGCUACCAACCUCUUUGGACACUUUAUCCUGAUCCGUCAGCUCGAGUCUCUGCUCUGCGGGAACGAAAAGCCCUCCCGGCUCAUCUGGACCUCUUCCAGCAAUGCCAGGGAAUCUGCCUUCAGCCUCUCCGACUAUCAGCAUGCCAAGGGGCAGGAAUCAUACAGUUCCUCCAAAUACGCCACUGACCUGACGAGCGUGGUUCUGAACAGGAAACUUAAUAAGCAGGGUCUGUAUUCCAGUGUUGUUUGUCCUGGUCUCGUCAUGUCUAACAUGACCUACAGAAUUUUACCAGUGUUUCUGUGGAUGCUGCUAAUGCCCAUCAUGUGGCUGAUACGCUUUUUUGCCAAGACUUACACCCUGACGCCGUUUAAUGGAGCAGAAGCCCAUGUGUGGCUGUUCAAACAGAAGCCAGAGUACCUGGAUGCGCUUGCCAAGUACCACAGCUGUACCUCUGGGCUGGGGAAGAACUAUGUGGAGCCCAGAAAGAUGGAUGUGGAUGAAGAAACCGCUGAGAAGUUUUACCAGAAGCUGUUGGAACUGGAGGAGCAGGCUCUGGAGAGAUACGGUGACCUCCUAGACUAAAAGGUGAACAGUUCCUGAAGAGGGAAAUGUGAAAACUGAAGAGAAAUACUUAGUCUUUCUGGUAUGGGACCUUUCUGGCAUAGAACUGGAAACCUAGUGUAGGUGGAAACUAUCUUAACACAGUUGCGAGUUUGUUUUCCAAAAGCAUGACUGAGCUGCCUACAGCUCAGGAAGAACCUGAAAACAUGGUUUACGUCUGGCUUAGCGUGGGAAAGGCAACAGCCUGGGUGCCGCCGUGCCUCGUGGCUCCACCAGUCUUUCGAGACGGCUCCCGCUCGUGACCUGUGGUUAAUCCUGCAGUACUUGAAGGCCCAUCCUCAGCAGAGCUGCUUCUGUUCCUACACCCGAGCUGGGGCCGGCUCUCCAGGCGUGCUCAACAAGAUCUGACCUCUGGAAGUCAGGCUCUGUCACAUCUGAGGCAAAGCUCCAGGAAAAGCUGGGCUGGGCCUAAAAUGAAUGUGCACCCCUUGCCUCAGCUGUGAGGACGGGUGCCUUUCUAGACAUGAGCCAUCCUGUGGAUUUGGGGCCAUAUAUUCCAACCGUGACCAUCUGGAAAGACUGAAACUGCUGAUGGUAGCUAGGUUUCAGGGCUAGACUGCUCUGUAGCACGAAUGAGAGGUUACCCUGUUAUUUUAUCUAUUUAACUGUCUUUUUAUGUUUACUGUACCAAGUAUUCUUCCUGUUGUCUGUUUUGGGAGCUGCACUGAGUGCCUGGUGUACUUCAAACGCUGCAACAAAUAAAUAAUUGGAACUGA